AUGCUGCUUUCUCAAAGCAGUGAAACAUCAAAAAACAACCAACAGCUAAUGAAGAGUCAGCAGAAGGUAGCCGAUACUUGUUCAAUACUUACGAGGAGGUUAGGACUUUCUAGUAGUAGUAACAAUGGCAGAAUAUUGAUUGGUGGCAGAGAAUGUUGGAUUAAUUCUACAUUUUCUUAUUCGGAUGAGAGUUUUAUUGUGAAUGAUGAUGAAGAGGAUUGUACAGUUGUGAAUGAACAAAGUAACACAGCCUUGGCUAGUAGUAGCAGUCAAGAUUUGCAUCAGGGUAGUGAUGAUCAUAUUACGGAAUCGAAUAUGGUAUUCGAUGAUGUUUCUCCUAAUCAAUUUAAUGAUGAGAAUAAUCAAAUCACAACAAGUCAGAGUCGAGGUUCUACUACACAACAUGAAACAUUGGACGAAUUCCCAGAAAUUCAAACUAUUCCAAAUCAAACUGCUGGGACUUUGAAAACAUCAUUGGAACCAUCAAGGAAUAGUCAAAGCCUUUUUCUUGACGACUUGAACGAUCAUCACAGUCACAUGAUGCAAUUAGUUAAAGGAGUUGAUGCUGUUGCAAGAAAAAACUUUAAUUUAGCACCAUCUAAUUUACCAGAUCAACACUAUUUACAUCACUACAUUCCUGAAAAUGAUGAUUCACUUUCAACAACAAAGGUUAGAACAUUAAGUGAUCAAGGAAGUGAGUUUAGUUCCGAACGAGGUGAUAUUGAUAAUGAGUGGUUUUUCAAUUCUUGUUCAAAUGUGAAUGAUAGUUAUUUCCUUCCAGAUGAGCUAAUUUACAAAAUUUUAACAUAUCUUGACUUUGAUGAUGUUGUUCUAAAGUCCUCUCUUGUGAAUAGACAGUUUUUCAGUGUCAGUAAUUGUGGAGGUUUUUGGAUUCAAUUUAUCAAAACAAGAAAAUGUGAAGACACUGUCAAUAUUCUUUCCUAUUAUCAAUACGAGUUCCAUUCAAAUCAUAUAGUCAAACAAAUCAAGCAUGAACCAUCCGAAGAAGUUACCCUUCAAGAAAAUGAUGAUGCCACUACUCAAAAUACAGACAAUCCACCAAAUACUCCGAGCGAUGAAAUUGUCAUUCCAUCUCAACAAGAUUCGAGUAAUUAUGAUCCUGCUAAUCAUUUAACUAUUUAUAGACCUAUUUUAUUAAGUUAUUUAUACCAUAAGAGAAACUUGAAGAAAUGGUUUUUCUUUACAGAGGCCAACUAUUACUUACUAUUUUUGCUUCCGUUUGGAAUUAUGACAUUUUUAUUCUUAUCUUCAUACGUUUUCCCAGUCUUUCCUCCUUUUUACAAGCUCAACUUGUUUUCCUUUUCAGCAGCUCCUUCCAAAUUCUUUGCUCCCUCUCGAAGAAAUAUUUAUAUUGAAGGUAUUGGAGAAAAUUUUUCACAGUGGACUCUUGGAAUAUUUGGAGCUUCAAUUCUUGUCAUUAUCAUUUCACUGCUAUUGAUACGGCCCCUCACAAAAUCAGCUCUUAGACAAUAUUCCUUGUCUAUCCAAAAUGAGGAUCAACUCUCCUUCACCAAGUCUAUUAUAACCAAAACAAAAUUGGAUUAUUCCUCUCUGAUACCACACUCAACAGAAAUGUUACCAGUUUCUCUUAGAAAGAAAUUAGUAAGAGACAUUUUAGGACAUGAAAAAUUAUUUACAAAAGAACAUGUUGUGAGGUGCAUGGUUCUCAUUCCAGUUGUAUUAUGUUAUAUCACAACUGUUUUGAAAAACUUUGUCUAUAUUCCAUACCUUUCUGAAACCUAUCACACCUUAUUGAGCUUACCUGGAUAUUUAGUUUUGGCAUAUCUCAUCAAGACACAUUGGUAUAUGGUAUUCAAGAUUCAUGGUUUCUUCUCCUUACUUGUUUGUUACGCUUGUUUCCACUUUGUACUAAAUCAACUCAAGUGGGAUGUUCUCAUUCGACCAAUGUUUUACUUCCUUUCACAGGUAUUUGGUGUGUGGUGCUACAUUAUUCUCAACUUUUGGGUAUUGGGAGGUCCAGACAAUACUCAAGGAAUUCCAUGUGCCAACAGUUAAAAUAAAACUGUGGGUUAAAUCUUUUAUUUAUUAUUCAAUCAACAUUACAAUUAAUUGAUCUCUAACAAUACUCUUGGUAAUUUAGUAAGCAUUGUAUAUGAUGUUCUAAAUAAUAGAAGAAACUAAGUUUGAGCUUUUGCAUACUUUAAAUUAAUACAUUCUUUUUCAUUAGUCAUCCAUUUUCA